ACUAUGAAUGGCAAAAGCGGUCGACAGAUGUGGUGGCAAUCGUUGGGCAAAACACAACUCCAAUGUAUUGUCGAUUGACUUCCCUUUCCGUUGAAGUGUUUUCACGUGAAUAAUAAUGGUCGGACCCGCGAAACCGAAAACAACGACAGCGAAGGCGGCGCCGAAAGCGGCCGCCAAAACGCCCGCCUCUGCCGCCAAGAAGAAGCCUAAAGUUGUUUUGCCGAAGAAUGUGAAGAAACUGAUCACUCAUCGGUCGACUCGACCUCUUUGGGCCAAAAUCAGGCGAACGGCGAAGAGUAAGAAAGUGCCCGCAGAGACACUCCUGAAGAAGAAGCCCAAGUUUGUGGUGAAGAAGAUCGGCGGCGAGAAGAAUGGCUCCAAACGUAAGGUUUUGGUGAAGAAGGGAAAGAAAUACUACCCGACAGAAGACAAGCCGAAGAAGCGCCGCACCGGACAGAAGACAUUCAAUUCACACAAACGAACGCUGAAAGAAGGUCUAGUGCCGGGCUCUGUGCUGAUCAUUCUGGCCGGUCGUCAUCGCGGCAAACGUGUGGUGUUUCUGAGACAGUUGUCGUCGGGUCUGCUUCUGGUGACCGGACCCUUCAAGAUCAACGCCUGUCCUCUGCGGCGAAUGCAUCAGCAGUUUGUGAUCGUGACCUCCACUCGACUGGACAUCUCGGGUGUCAAAGUUCCCGAUCAUAUCGACGACAAGUACUUCAAUGUGAAGAAAGAUCGGUCACCGAAGGGCAAGAAAGGCGACGGCGGAGACAUCUUCGACACCAAAGCCGAGGCCUGGAAACCCGACGAGACCCGGAAGGCCGACCAAAUCAAUGUCGACAAACAGUUGAUUCAAUUGAUCCGCAAAAAUAAGGAGAAGAAACUGUUGUUCGCGUAUUUGGGAUCGUAUUUCCAGUUAAGGAAUCGCGUCUUUCCUCACAAAUUGAAGUUCUAAUUGAAUUUGUCUUAAGAUUUAAUAAA